AUGUUAUGUGGAAAUAAAGUUUAUGAAGAGGGGUAUGCAAAGAUUUUAAGUCUAGAGAAGUCUCUUCUAAUAGAGAGCAAAGAGCAAGACUUUCAAAGAUGUGCUAGUAUACACUCUAAUAUUUACUCACAUGAAAUAUGGGCGAAGCCAUUAGUCCCAGGAACUAGAGUACAUCCUGAUGAAUACUAUUCUCUUUCUUCAGAAAGUCUGACAAGUGUAAAUUUUGCCAGAAAGCUAAAUAAGUUAAAGUUCUUUGAUAUAGAUCAUAUUUCUAUAAGUAACUUUAACAGUAAAGCUAAACAUUUCUCGAACUUCUUAAACUUUUCAUUGCCGAAUAGAGCUAAUCGUGUGAAUAUUUCAUCAACUAAUUUGGUUAAGCUGAAGAGCUCCCGUUUCUUUAUUCCAGAGAUCAGGAGUAGUUCCAAAACAAUAAAAGCUGUAUUUUUUAAUACAUUUUGGUUUAACCGCAGACAAUUAAAAAGAGUGAUAACAUCUUUCAGACAUGUUGAGAUACUAGGUUUGGAUUAUUGCAAGUUAUCUGUUCCCAAUGCUCCCGAUUUCUCAAAAGCUCUCAAGAAUUGUCAGAUCAACAAUCUAAGUUUCUGGGGAUCAGGCCAUCCCAAACUCAACAAUUGGGUGAACAACCUUGAUGAAUUCAAGAACUUGAUUCAAGGCUUUGCAAGCUCUCCAGAUUGAAGGUUAAGCCUCAAAACUGUAUGAAUCAAGCGUUGAGGAAUAGAGGUAAACGAAGCUGAACAAAUCUUUGCAGAAAACCAACUUGAAGGAGUUGAGAUAUUUGGAGACCUUUAAAUUUCUGCUAAAAUAUUAUGUAAAUCUA